CAGUGAUGGAGUAUCCAAUGACAGAAACUGGAUCACUUUUUACCUCAGGAAUUAAAAGAAAUGUGAAAGACAAAAGAAUGUCAAAGACUGCUAAAUUGAAUGUUUCUCUUGCCUCCAAAAUCAAAACAAAAAUAAUAAACAAUUCUUCUAUUUUCAAAAUAUCUUUAAAGCACAACAACAGGGCAUUAGCUCAGGCUCUUAGUAGAGAGAAAGAGAAUUCUCGAAGAAUGACAACUGAAAAGAUGUUAUUACAAAAAGAAGUGGAAAAACUGAAUUUUGAGAACACAUUUCUUCGCCUAAAGCUAAAUAAUUUGAAUAAGAAGCUUAUAGAAAUAGAAGCACACAUGAACAAUAACUUGAUCACUGCAAUUGAAAUGAGCACUCUUUCUGAGUUCCAUCAGAGUCCCUUUCUACUGCCAGCCAGCAAGAAUAAACGGGUUAGUAAACAGUGCAAGUCUAUGCGUCUUCCAUUUGCAAGGGUUCCAUUAACUUCAAAUGAUGAUGAUGAUGAUGAAGAAGAAGAUAAAGUGAAGAUGCAAUGUGACAACAUUAUUAUAUCAAAGACAUCACUUGAUGUUCCUUCUUUGGUAUCAACAAGACAAUCUUUAUCAACUCAGUAUAAUUUGGAAUUGUCGUGUCUUAAAGAAAAUAAUCAAAAUGUGUGUAGUUUAGAUGAUUCAGAACAUAUUUCUUCAAUUGUUGAUAUACUUCCCAAAGAAAUCUAUGCCCACUCGGACCAAAGUUCCAAGAAUUCUGUAAUGAGUGAGAUGAAAAAUUCUCAGUCUAUCAACCACAGACAGGAGAAACCAUCUCUUAAUAAUAUAACUAAAAGGAAAAGGCAUGCAUCAUAUCUGGAAUCAAAUAAUCCUGCAGACAAUCCUUGUGUGACAGAUUUAGAUCAAGAAGGGAUUUCAAGUCCAGAAUUAAAUUGGAAUAAUGAGAUAAAUGAUCAUACUAAUGAAAUGAAUAUUAAAAUUCAAAGAAACAUACAGUGCCUUCCUGACUCAUCUGAGUCUGUAAGUGAACCUACUGGAGAGCACAUGAAUCAGGUUCAGGGUGAUGAUGACUUUCAGGGACAGAAAACUGUGUAUGAUGCUGACAUGGAUUUAACUGCUAGUGAAGUAGUAGGCCAAAUUGUUACAGUUUCAACAGGCACUAAAAAUAAAAGUAAUACAAAACGAAAUGACUGUGGAAUCAAAACUUUCAGAAAAGUGAGAGAUUCAGGCUCUGAAAAAAAGAAAGAAAGAUCAAAAAGACAAAUUAAAAAUGGUUCAGAAAUGAAUGUAGAAGAAAAGAUUGACAAUGAAGCAGAAAAAAGACCUGUUGGCCUAAAUGGUAACCAGGAUUCAGAAGACCCAAAUUCUGACUUCAGUACUGAACAGCUGACUCAGUUGAACAAACUAAAGACAAUAACCCUUCAUAAUGACUUAGAUCAAGAUGACAAACAAAGUACAGACAAUAGGAAGAAGAAGAAGAAGAAGAAAAUAAUACAUAUAACAGGUGAGGAAGAGGAAAUUUACUCUUUCUCCCAAAGUUCAGAUAAAUUCCAGCCAGAGAGUAAACUUGAUAUAGGUCAAAGUUCUCAAGCUCAUAAUAAAAAUAAAACUUUUAGACAGACAUUUGUGAUUCAUAACUUAGAAAAAGGUCAGUUAUUCCUAAAUGAAAAGGUUAAAACCAUUUCUGAAAACCUAGAAGUCACAAAUGAAUUUCAAACAGCUGACCGUGCCACCAAACAUAAUGGAAAUUUAUGUGAUUAUGAGACCCAAAAUAUGUUGGAUUUGAAAAAACAAGUCACUGAUACACAACCUGCUCAGCAGAUUGAAUCAAAAAUAAAUAAGAAGCUUAGGCAGAAAGCAAAUCGGAAGACAGAAAUAAUUUCUGAAAUGAACCAAAUAUAUGGGGAUAAUGAUAAAGAUGUGCAUGGCCCGGAAAAAGAGAACUUUUUCAUCCAAACCCAAGAGGAUAAAGAAGUCAUCUCUGGAAACCUAGCAGUUUCUAAUGAGUUUCAAGGACCUGCUCUUUACACCAACAAUAAUGGGAACCUGCGUGAUUGUGAGCCCCAGAAUGUGUUGGGUUUGCAAAAGCUGGUCACCAAUGCAUUUCCUGUUCAGCAAAGUAAAUCAAAAGUUAAUAAUCUUAGGCAGAGAGUAAAUCGGAAGACAGUAAUACUUUCUGAAGUGAAGCCGUUAUAUAAGGACGAAAAUAUGUAUUGUCUAGAAAAUGGUAAUCCUUUCUUCCUAAACCAGAAGGAUAAAGAAAUCAUCUCCGAAAACCUAGAAAACCCAAAUGAGUCUCAAACACCUGCCCUUUCUACUAAAGUUGGUGGAAACCUAUCUGAUUAUGAAACUCAAAACAUUUCAGGGGUGAAAGAGCAUGUCCAUGAUAUGCAAACUGCUUGUCAAAAUGAAUCAAAAAUAGAAAAGAAGCUUAGGCAAAAGGUAUGUCGGAAGACGGAAAUAAUUUCAGAAAUCAACCAAAUACAUGAGAAUGAUGACAAAGAUAUGCAUGACACAGAAAGGGGCAACUUAUUUCCUCUAACCCAAAAGGAUAAUGAAAUCAUUCCUGAAAACCUAGAGGACUCAAAUGAGUUUCAGAUAGUUGAUCCUUUCACCAGAGGUAAUAGGAAGCUUUGUGGUUAUGAGACUGGAAACAUUUGUGGGGAGAAAAAGCAGGUUACUAAUAUACCACCUACAAAGCAGAAUGAAUCAAAAAUAAAUAAGAGGCUUAGGGAUAAAGGAAAUCAGAAGACAGAAAUUAUUUUAGAAAUGAACCAAAUAAAUGAGCUUUAUAACAAAGGUGUGCAUGACCCAGAAAAUGGUCAUUUCUUUUCCCCAACCCAAAAGGAUAAAGAGACUGUUUCUGAAAACUCACAAGUCACAAAUGAAUUUCAAACAGCUUAUUUUUCUUCCAGAGAUAAUGGAAAUUUAUAUGACUAUGAGACUCUGAGUAUGUUGGAUUUAAAAAAGCAUGUAACUGAUACGCAACCGGCUCAGCAAAAUGAUUCAAAAAUAAAUAAGAAGCUUAGGCAGAAAGUGAGUCGGAAGACAGAAAUAAUUUCAGAAAUGUAUCAGAUAUAUAGGGGUAAUGAUAAAGAUUUGCAUGGCCAAGAAAGCUGUACAAAAGAUCUUGAUUUUAAAAUAAAUGAAUGUAAACAGAGACUUGAAUGCCAAGGUAUUAUCAAUAAAUACUGUAUGGAAAUCAACAGUAAUGAGAAGGAAAAUUAUGAGCUAAUUUCAGAUCCUUACAAACAAGUUAAAAAACAUGGGAAAGAAUCAUCAGGCAAGACAAAGAACAUUUUGACAAAAGGUAAAAACAAACCUAUUUUUCAGUUAACAGAUUCUUCACAGACAUCUCUCUCCUCAGAAUCAGGUUUAAAACAUGUUACUAAUGAAGCAGAUUCUGAUUCUGAUAACCAAAUGGAACCAAAUAAGAAGCCAAAACAAAGCACUGCAACUCUGAAUAAGAAAAGAGAUAUUCCCUUUGUGGAAGUGAUAAAAGGAGAGUGCCGGGUCAAAAGAGGAAAUAAAAUGACAUCCAAAUCAAAGAAAAGGAAGACAUUAAUAGAUCCUUCUCCAGGUAGCCAUGAAGCAGUGCAGAUAAUAUCUGAUACCAGUCAGAAAAUAUCAGUUGAAUCUGAACAAGCUGAUGAAGAAAGAAAAUUGGAAAAUGAGAAAAUUAAGCCAGACUUUUACACAAAGGUGUCUAGUUCUUUAUCUCAGAUAUAUUCACCUAGCAUAAAAGAUUCUUCCCCUAACAGUGUUCAUGAGCAUUCAAGACCUUUGAGUAUUUCUUCUAGUAAAAAUCUGAUAAGAGAAAAUUUUGCCUUGGAGAGCUCACCAAUCUUUCAAGUAAGUGAUGAUAUGCAGAAGAAGAUGACAGGGAUGAAGUUUAAAGUCAACCAAAGAACACAAAGAUCAGAAAUAGGUGGUAGAACAACACUACAGGACUUGACAAAUACUAAUUUUGUUUCAAAUAACACUGCUAAAUCUGAAAAUAAGUCAGAAGAUCUAUCUUUAGAGCUGCCAAAACGAAGAAGGUGCACUCCUCUCAAUUUCAAAGAGCCAAGUCUUAGAGACAAGAUGAGAAGAUGAAUUGAUGGAUUCUGGUUUUUCUGAAUUCUGAAACCAUAAUGACUCAAAACGGAUAUAAUUAGAAGA